GCUCCGUCGAAGCAGUCGCGAUCGAAGAGUUUUCUAAUGUCGUUUUCGCUUGAAGCAGAAACUAACUCAGUUUCGGACCUAACUGCUGUCAAACCGUUUGUUUGAAGCCAGUUUCCAACCUAGGUUCUCAAUCGAAAACGACAUAAAUAUUUUAUCACCUCGUACCUCGUGCAAAUCAAUUUGUGCCAAUUUUCUGACAGCUAUGAAUGGGGUUAUGUUGCCUAUUGCUCUGUGGAUGGCGCUAGUAGUUUUUGCUGACACGUUUAAAUUUGUAGUGAGUGAUGACACUAGCUAUCGGCUUCCUCAGAAAGCCAUUCCGCAACAUUACGAUCUGGAGGUGCACACUCAUCUGAACGAUGACAAAGAGGGAUUCCGAUUCUACGGGAUGGUGAAUAUAACGGUGAUAUCCUGCUACGACUCAAUCGACAUCACGUUGCAUUCCAAGAAUCUUUCCAUCGCCGAGAACAAUAUCUCAAUCAGUGACUUGAACCGGCAGCGCCAGAUGACAAUAUUUUCGAUUGCCUACGACCACCGGUAUGAUUUCCUAAUCAUACGAACAACCAAAUUGUUCCGAAAGGGUCGCCGAUACCUGUUAAGCAUUCCGUUCAGUGCCCCACUAGACACAAACAUCGUUGGCUACUACCGCAGCAGCUACUUUCACUCAGAAAGUAGACAACGGAUGUGGCUAUCGAUAACUCAAUUUCAAGCGAUUCACGCUCGCCAAGCAUUUCCUUGCUUCGACGAACCGGAACUGAAAGCUACCUUCAACAUUUCGUUAGGUCACCAUCGAAGAUAUAAGGCCUUAUCCAAUAUGCCACUGCUUCGUAGCGAACCAGCAGAGAGCCGACCCGAUUGGGUGGUGGACCAUUUUAACAAAAGCGUUCUGAUGAGUUCUUACCUGGUGGCUUACUCAAUUAACGAUUACAGUUCGGCCGAAGCUUCAUCGGGUUGUGACAACUCACCCACCGUUGCUAUGCGAUCCUGGACCCGCAAGGAUAGUACAGGAAACUUAAAGUAUGCUAACGAGAUAGCACUGAAGCUAAUCCAGUUAUACGAACGGAACUUCAAUCUGCCGUUUCCACUGCCGAAACUAGAUUUUAUAGUAAUUCCGGACAUGCUGUUCCCAGCGAUGGAAAAUUGGGGUCUCGUGACAUUCACCGAAGCCGCGCUGGAGUAUUCGUCGUCGGAGGCAACGAUCGAAGACCAACACUUUGUUGCAUCCGUAGUGGCGCACGAGCUAGCCCACAUGUGGUUCGGAAACCUGGUGACUAUGCGUUGGUGGUCGGAUCUAUGGUUGAACGAAGGUUUCGCUCGGUACACCGAAUUUCAGGGAGUAGAUUGUCUCCACCCGGAAUGGCGGUCGAUGAAAGAUAUUAUCAUCGAGGACGUACAGGAGACAUUUAAGUUGGAUGCGUUGAAUAGUAGCCAUCCAGUUUCGAUCGAGAUUGGUAACCCCGAAGAGAUACCGCAACUAUUUGAUUCUAUCUCGUACAAAAAAGGGUCCGCUAUUGUGCGAAUGAUGAAUAUGUUUCUGGGGGAUGAUGUCUAUCGCAGAGGAGUGGCUCGAUAUCUGCGAAGAUUCAAGUAUGGGAACGCGGCGCAGGAUGAUUUGUGGAGAGCUAUGACUAAGGAAGCUGGCAAGGCUGGAGGAUUUCCCGAUAACUUUAAUCUUGCCUUCACAAGGGUUAAAACUAUCAUGGAUACUUGGACCCUCCAAGCGGGUUAUCCGGUAGUCAUCGUAGAGCGGAAGUAUAUCGAUCGAACGGUGAUCUUCCGACAAAUGAGAUUUACGUACGAUGAAACCAUUGACGACCCGGCUUGUUGGUGGAUUCCCCUCACUAUUUCCACUGAACGGAAUUCUAAUUUCAACCGAACUCAACCACAUGUUUGGUUGAACUGCUCUGAGGAAGAGACGACUGUCUGGCUAACAGAUCCACCAUCCGACAAGGAAUGGCUGAUGGUAAACAAUAAGCUGGCGGGCUUGUAUAAGGUUCAAUAUGAUGAUGACAACUACCGUUUGUUGGUGAAGCAGCUUAGAGGUGGAGGAUUCAAAAAAAUAAAUACAAUUAAUCGUGCUCAACUAAUCGACGAUGCGUUGGACUUUUCCUGGGCUGGCCUUCAGAAUUACUCGAUAGCUUUUGCGCUGCUCAGUUACCUCCCGUCCGAGAACAAAUACAUUCCGUGGAAAGCAGCUCUUACCAAUCUGGAUACAGUGAGUCGUGUAUUGGUGAAUACAUCCUACUACGAAACGUACGAAGCUUACGUGACUGACCUUCUAAGUCCUUUGUAUGAUCGGUUGAACCUAUUCCAGUCUAACAUCACUACCAACAGAUUGGGACAAUUUCGUUUAAGGAAACUGGCGGCUGACUGGGCUUCCCGCCUGGAUAUCGAAGAUUUUGUUAUAAAUGCAGUCAAGCUGUUCGACAGCUGGAUCACCGAUGGUUGGAAUACUGUCCCACUGAACAUACGAUCUACUGUUUACUGCACGGCGAUUCGCGAGGGUACCCGUCGAGAAUGGAAUUUCCUGUGGUCUUAUUAUCGUAAAAUCAACACCACUAGCGCCGAACGAUCGGCAGCAGCGGAAGGAUUGGCAUGUACCAAAGAGGUGAAACUGAUGAAACAACUGCUGCGUUGGUCGAUCGGUAACACAACCGAGCUUCGUCUGGAGGAUACAACUGUAGUCUUCUACACAAUAGCGGAACAACUGGAAGGUCGCCCGGUGGCGAAACGUUUUUUGUUUGAUAACAUAGACAGAAUGGCUGAUUAUGUCAACCCAGAAACGUUCGAGUCUAGAUUAGCAAGCCACGUAAGGGUUUUGGCACAGCAGAUCGUCAGCAAAGCGGAGCUAGAUGAAUUGACACAAUUUACCACUGCGAAACAGAAAAUUCUGGCAGGUAACAGCUUAGCGAUCCGACAGCUGGCCCACUUGAAUAUCCAGUGGAGGCAGAAUCAGUUGGAGGAAUUCGUACCGUACCUGGAACUGCUGGAGCAGAAUAAGUUUGAUGCGGCAGUGCUGAAAUGGUUCUAAUAUUGAGUUGAACGAGUUUCAUCAGAGUUACUGCUGAAAUGCUUGUCAUCUUGAUCGGAGCUCCUAAUUUUAUAUGUUUACGUAAGGUAUAUUCACCCUUAUUUUGCAUGGCUUCGUACAAACAUAACGCUAUGAGGGGAUUCCGUAAAAAACAUCGAUCCGGCAAUUUUCCCAGAACACUAGCUCAACCUUUUAUUCACGGUCCCAAACACUCAUUUACUGAUGGGUUACCCCUCAGGUUUGGGGACAAUUUUUCACUAUUGGUCUAUCCCCCAUAUGCUUGUUCAUAUGUCAGUGGCGCCAUGAUAGCAAAUGUGGUCAGAGUCCCAACUACAAAUAUAUUUAAAACGACCGUUAAAGCGGGCGAAGCAUUGUUUUUGAGUGUUAUGUCUGUUAGUCUGUGGUAAGACGCCCAUUUAAUAGCAACCACCUUUACACUCUGCGGCGCGACGAGUUUAAACUGUUCGGCAUAAUAAUAAAAGGGUAAGCAUCACACAGUUUUCUGUUACUCGAUAACUGUUUCCAGUGUUUCAGUUUUAUUAAAUUCAAUAAUUAAAUAUGUUACUAUUAUCGA